UGCCGUGCACCUCCCCUCGGCUCCGCCGGCAGGACGGUGGCCGGCAGGCGCGGGGAGGGUAGAGGGUUGCCCAUGGAGCAAGGGGAGGCUGUGUCGCCGCCGUCGGCGGCCGAGGAGAAGGUAGGGAAAGAGGAGGAGGAUGACUUAGGCUACCGGCUCUUCCCGGACCGGAACAAGAAUCCUCAGAGCUUCCUGGUCCGCAGCCUGUUCACCUUCCACAACAAGUGCCAGCUGAUGCUGAGGAUGACGCUGGAAACGAAUCCAUAUGCUCAACUUCUUCUCGAGGCUAUGAAGCAAUCUGGUUGCACUGUCUUCAAUGACCGGCACUUUUCUUGUGAAAACUGUGAUGGCUGUGUCGGUGGAGGUUUUGAUUCUGCCACAUCUCAGAUUGUUCUGUGUCAGAACAACAUUCACCACCAAUCCCAUAUGAACCGGGUGGUCACACAUGAAUUGAUUCAUGCUUUUGAUCACUGCCGGGCACAUGUUGACUGGUUUAAAAAUGUCAGACACCUAGCAUGUUCAGAGAUUAGAGCUGCUAAUCUCAGUGGGGACUGUACUCUGAUGAAUGAAAUAGCCAGGUUUAAAUUUGGAUUAAAAGGACACCAUCAGGCUUGUGUACGAGACAGAGCAAUUCGUUCCAUUCUGGCUGUUAGAAAAGUUAGCAAAGAAAUGGCAGAAAAAGCUGUGGAUGAAGUUUUUGAUGCCUGCUUCAAUGAUCUGGAACCUUUUGGAAGAAUCCCGCACAGUAAAACAGAUGCAAAACGUGCUUUUAGAGACUUUCAGAACAGAGAUCGCUACAAUGCUAAUUUGUAAAGGAAAAAA